AAGUAGGGAAUUUUACUAUCACUUUCAGGCUAGAAAGGGAGUUGUAUGGUUUACGGAAGCAUGAUGGGUCCUGUACUACCACGAGUAUAGUUCAUGGAGUAGACUAAAUAAAAAAGUGGUAGCGAUUUAUUUUGAUCAGUCUCUCGACACAAUUUUCAUUUCUGUAAACUAGCAGAAAAAGAAAUAUUACCGGUCUGCUGAUGACGCCUCGAACAGUAGACACCACGCAGCCGUGUGUUGCGCAGCAGCAGCAUAAUUUCUGAUAGCGCAAGUGGAGCAGUGUCACCGCGGCAUACUCUUUGGAGCGGCGUUUUAUUCCAACGUCAGCACGCGCUACGUCGUGAAGAAGUGCGGCACUAGUAACGCUCAAAAACCACCGCGACAACUGAUAGAUAGCUCCCGACCGUCGUCAACAAGAUGUCGCUGGUACCGAAUGCCAAGCGGCAGAAGAUCGACAGCGCGGCCCCGCAGGGCUAUGUCGCUGGUGCGGGGCGUGGUGCGGCGCCCUUCAAGAUUAUGACCCGGCCUGACAACUACGACGGAGCCAAGAAAGGGGCGGGUAAAAAGGGCGGGGACAAGGGCGGAAAGGGACCGGAGGAGCACGGGGAUCUAAGGUUCGGGGCGCCGCCACCGGGCUACAUUCCAGGUCGAGGUCGUGGUGCGACCGGGUUUAUCGGUGGUGUCAGUCGUGACGAAGUCGACAGAGACGACGACAAAACGGUAUUUUUUUUUGCUUAAAUAUCAACUGUGAGGAUCAAAUUUUACUAUAAUGUUUUUAGGUGCCACAUUCAUAGUACUGGAUGUGCACCAAUACAAAAAACCACUCUAAUAUUACAGGAUCUCGGAGACAGCAACUACGACGAGUUUGCCGGGUACGGUGGUAGUCUUUUCGCGGGAAUAAAUUACGAAAAAGACGAUGAGGAGGCGGACCGAAUUUACAACGAGUGCGACGUUCGCUUGGAUGAGAGGAGAGCCAAGUGGCGCGAAGAGCGAAUGAAAAACGAACUGAAAAAGAUGCGUGCGGAUAAACCGACGGUGAGACAGCAGUUCGCAGACUUGACCCGAGAACUUGGGAGGGUAUAGUUUUAGUUUGUGAAAUCUGCUUGUUGAACCUGCUGCACUAGGUCUGCGAUGGCGAAAGAAACAGAAAGAACUAUAUCCAGGACCUUCUACUUCCUGGUCUCUGGGGAAGAAUAUCUUUGUGUUUGCGCUCAAGCGUAUGAAUGUACUUAGAAGUUUGUUGCACGACAUUUGAUUUCAUUCACUCUCCCCCACAGGUAUCCAACGAAGAGUGGAACAACAUUCCGGACGCCCAGGAGCAUCUGAAAAUCAAACACAGAAAGCGCGACUCGAUUUACGCUAUGCCCGACCACGUGCUCGCGGGCACCACCGGUCUGAUGAAGCACGGGGCGAUGGGGAGCAGCGUGCAGGGCGCCCAGACGCCAAUGGCCAACCCGAGCGGAAUGAGCACGCCGAUGGGCAUGGGCGGCAUGAGCACACCUCUUGGCAUGGGCGGUAUGGGUGGUGGUAUGAGCACGCCACUCGGCAUGCAGACCCCCAUGGGGAUGCAAACCCCAAUGGGCAUGCAAACACCACUAAGCAUGAUGGCCGGCCGGGCAAGACCAGGCAUGCCCGGUGUCGCAGGAGGCGGCCAGACGCCACUGGGAAUGAUGGGUAAGUACUUCAAACCUGAAAGAUAUGUUGGUGCGCUGCUGCAGCUGUUCUGUUGCUCAUUUUUGUAUUUACUGCUCAGGAAACUUAGACAGUUCGAUAGCAGUUCCUGGCUCGCCUUGGCAGCUAAUACAGUGCCGAAGAAGCUUGCUCCACAUUGUAUUUACUGCUCAUGUAGUCAUUGACUGAAUUUGGAGAGAAGACCGUUAUCCUCGCUCUGCGCCAAUCGUACAUGCUUUUCAGAAGCGAAAGGGAAAGCAAACGCAAACAAAAUCAACUCCAGGUGGCGGCAUGAGCACACCGUUGGGCAUGAGUACCCCGCUGGGGAUGAUGA